AUGGGCGACAACAACGUUGAUAUAACCAGGUUUCUAGUCAAGAACGAAGGACAACGAUUUACGAAAACAGCUGUUCUGAAGAGCCGAGGAGAGCCUGUUGCGCAAUUUGCGUCAGCGUGGAACAUUCAAUCUCAGAUGACAGCGAUUGCGGCUCUGGACACACUGUCCAAUCAACUCUGGUACGUUCUGGUAAACCACCAGAUCUCUGUGCCAUUACCAGCUGCUUUGUCGCUGGAUGGAAGUUCCGGGGGAACAAAACUUGGCUUAGGGUUAAUCACCAUCACUGUCGCCGCGGAUGCACAGAAGCAAGGAAAGAUCUUGAAGAAAGGCACUGGCAGUCAUGAGCAGCCACCUCUCGAAACCUUGGAAACGGAAAUCGAGAUCGAGCAGGUUGGCCCAACUGCAACUCAGCACUCGCAAAGCGCGUCAAAUUCGAUCAGUAAAGAUUUGGGUGCUAAUAUCGGAAUGUUUGGAAAUACUCCUACUGCUGGUGUCUCAGCAAGCUACUCGGUAUCCCAGAGCCUCAGCAACACCGUCUACGACGUCGAGAUUACUAGCAACCUCGGAGAUCGUCGACGUAGCCAAGUGUGGACUUUCGAUCACACUGGAAUGGACAGUAAUGCGGCCAAAAGUACUUUCAACUAUCAAGUACAAGAGCUUUGGCGUGUUUCUGGGGCUGGACCACCGGGGAAAGAAUGGACAAAUGUGCUUGAGAACUUCGCAAUGACCUUGAGCAUAAAGUGGCAGCCUGAGGUUACCUACAAAGUUGGGGGGACUGCUGCAGAACCAAAACGGUUUGUGGACACCAUGGAGGAAAAUUUCAGUUUGAUUUGGACGCAGAAGGAUAUUCCUGCGAGUCUGACUGCAGGUCGGAUGUCUCACUAG